GCUGCUGUCGUGUUCCGUGUUUAUUCUCAGGACGACCCCUCCCACUGCUACAUGCAACCUGCAGGUGAACAAACCAGCCGCAGCUUCCAGUUUCCUCCCGACACUUUGGGUUGAUAUUGAAGGUUGGAAAAAAAAAACACACAGAAGAAUCCCGAAAACAAGCGAUUUAAGUUGCCUUGAGGAUAUUUGGGACAGAAUACGGGACGCGGUCCUGCAUCGCGUCUGGAUAUGAAGCUCAAGGCUGACGAGCUGCUGGAUUGAAGAGGAAUCAGUGUGGGCGUCAGGUUAAGUAAAAGCCUGCCACUAUCAGAGGUUUGUAAACCUGACAUGUGUACACCCAGUGAGACGGUAACCUGAGAUCCCAUCCUGAGGGAACAGGAUGCAUCCCGCUGUGUCACACCUUCCAGGCAGGACUGAUAUUGGAGGAAGCCGCUGGAACCCUGGUUUUGUAGCCUUUCUGCUCUCACUGUGUCUUGGCGCCCUGUCCUCCGUGGCUACUUGCCCACUAUACUGCCUCUGUGCCAGUGAUAUUAUUUCCUGCAGUGGCCGCAAUCUGUCUGUUGCACGCUUUGAUUUCCCGAGCUACGCCACACGGUUAGACCUGAGCCACAAUGCCCUCACCGUCCUGCCUCUGGACUGGAUUUCCCAACCGUUUGAUCGACUCUCAACUCUGGUUCUCAGCAGGAACUCCAUAAGCCAAAUCGAGACGAAUGCCUUUGCUGUGACGCCGCAUCUCCUCCAACUGGACCUCUCUUCCAACCAACUAACAGUUUUGAACUCGUCCAUCUUCACUGGGCUGACGGAACUAAGAGAACUACUGCUGUUUGGCAACCAGAUCAUCCAGAUUAACCCAGAGGCCUUCAGUGAUCUUCGCAGCCUGAAGAGGCUCUACCUCUCUGGGAACAGACUAGAGGAUUUUCCCUAUGGGCUUUAUCAGGAACCUGGAGGGCCUCUUAACCUGACCUUUCUGGAUCUUUCAAACAACAGGCUCUCCAAGGCUCCUGUCCAGAGCCUUCUGUCCUUCAGCCGACAAAGUGGAAUUUAUUUGCAGGAAAACCCUUUUGUCUGUGAUUGCACAUUACUUGCCUUAAUUGAGUACUGGAUGUGGAAACAGUAUCGCCCCUUGUUGGAUUUCAGAGUUAAAUACCCAUGUAUGGACAAUAUUGGUCAAGGAUCUCAAUGUAGCAAGCAGGUAUCGUCCAAAAUGCCCCUAGAGGAAAAGACUUUCCAAGUAGAACCUGGAAAAUGGCUACAAGUACCAUGUCCAGGGUUGGCUUUGCCAGUCCAAGAAGGGUUGGUUGUGUUCUGGGUUACCCCAAGUAUUGUGGUGAAUUCAUCAACCAAUGAUUCAAAUGCCCGCCUAACGGUUUUCCCCAAUGGUACCCUUGAAAUUCGAGGAGCACUGAUAGAAGAUUCUGGUACUUUUGGAUGUGUCACAGGGCGAGGGCGCAGCUACGAACCCAAUGAGUUUCCAGAAGUCAUUGUGGUGGUGGGAAACUCGAGCACGACAUCUGUGAGUGGCUUGACACAUCGCAGUGGUGCAGAGCAUUUUAACACAGCAUUCACCACCCUGGCUUCCUGUGUGAUCAGCAUCGUACUGGUGCUGCUCUACCUCUACCUCACUCCCUGUCGAUGCAGGGAUGCUCGAGGUGGGGGGUCCACGGGGUGUGGCGGACGAGCCUUCAUCCUCUGUUCAGAUCCCAGAGAGGUAGAGUCAGGAGAUCGGCGGUCAAAUGGAAAGAGGGUGGCUUUCUUAGAGCCUCAGGCAGAGGACUUGACUGACAUUGGAAGCCCAAAGCCACCAGCUUUGAACUUGGGUCAUGUUACCACUGAGGGAAUUCUUAAGAAUGGAAGUAGGACAGUGGGACAGACCCUCACAGACCCUGCUCAAAUCGCAUAGCAGGAUAUUUUUGCACAUUUCUGCACUCUUACAGUCCGAACCCAAGUAUUUUUCACUGUCGUUCUUUCAGUACACAAUGAGAAAAUCCAUUUAAUGUGAAGUAGUUCUUGUGAAGUAAUUCGUUCUCUAGGUGUUGGGUUUUGGGUGUCUUAUUCGGCAAAUGCAGUCCUUUAGUAAACUGAAUUUCAAUUAUGUCUCAACUGUAAGUGGUGUCUGUUUUUUAUAUUUAGAGUUCAUAUGGAAAUGUCCCUGUUGACGUGGGAGAUUGUUACUGAUCAUAUACAUGUGGGUGGUGUUUUGCAUUAGACUGAGAGGAAUAUCAACACCUGGUUAAACCACUGAUGGAGGCAUUGAUGGUUAUUAUUCAGUAUAUUUAUUGUGAAUGCUGCUAUCUGUGACUCUUGUUAUUUAAAACCAUCUGUCUUCGUAAUGUGUUGCAUAUGUUUUGCAAAAAUAUGUCUGUCCUGUGUGUGAAAUUAUCUAAACUUUAAUACUUUGUGGAUCAAGCUGUGUCUACGUAAUCAAUUAUAUACCUGCAAAAGUUUCCCUAUAAAAACCAAAGAAACAAUAUGAACUAAGACAUUGAGACAAUAUUCACUUUCCAGAAAGAUUUCAAGACUUAUGAUUAUUUAGACAUUCAUUUAAUUAAUUUAAAGGGUC